CUGUUAUCUUUUCCAGCAUCAACAUUAUCCUCUGUCCUGAAACCAACUAUAAGGAUGUCUGCCAAGUAUACUUACACCAAAGAAACGACUAACUAUGCCCGGAUAUGUAGACUGGUCAUUGAUGUCUUCCCUGACGUCUUCAGAGAAUUACUCGUCACUCGACUGCCAUCUGGACUCCCUUAUGUACUUUCCAGUCAAAAGGGUCAGAUUAUCUCCCAGUUGAAUAAACAACAGAAGAAAAUGCUUUACCCCUCGGGUGGAGUGUUCCAAGGUUCUGAGAAGGAUAUGGAUGUUUCUUUACUUUAUAUCCUUCUAAGGAAUCUAGGGAACAUCACUCCUCAUGGAAAGGGUUGGGGUAAUGUUCCAGAUGCUGCAGACCGUUGUCUGUCAGCAAAUAUUGAUCGUCUACGGAUACACAGAAAUGAGAUAGUGCAUGCCAACAUUGCAUAUCUUUCUAAUAGUGACUUUAGGACGAGGUGGGCCGACAUCCGUCAAAGUGUUGAGGACAUACAGAACAGUGACCUGAAGACAGGGAUGUUUGUACAAGCCGUGGAUAGUAUACUGACCAUGACCAUGGACCCAGAUGUAGAGAGGAAGUACAUAACUCUUGUAAAGAAGAUAGAAGGGGAAAUCAGUGACAUGAAAGAGAGACAAGACAAGAUGGCAACAAGUUUGGAUGAUCUCAAAGGAACUGUUGAUAAUGUGAGUCAUCAUGUUGGUGCUGUGAGUGAUGAAGUUGGAGCUGUUAGGAAAGACGUGACUGCUGUGAGUGAUGACGUUGGAGCUGUUAGGAAAGACGUUACUGCUGUGAGUGAUGACGUUGGAGCUGUUAGGAAAGACGUUACUGCUGUGAGUGAUGAAGUUGGUGAUGUUAGGAAAGACAUUACUGCUGUGAGUGAUGAAGUUGGAGCUGUUGGGAAAGACGUUACUGCUGUGAAGGAAGAUGUCAGUACCCUGAAACAUUUUUCAUCGACAAUUAAAGGGGAAAUCUGUGACAUAAAACAGAGACAAGACGAGAUGACAACUGACAUGGACAACCUAAAAGGCACUGUUGAUGCUGUGAGUGCAAAAAUGCAGGUAUAA